AUGGCAGACGACACGUUUUUGGUCUGUUCCGUGCCGCCGGAGAACGUCAGAUUCCUCGCCAGCCCGGAUGAGUUCUACCAAACGCUCUGCAAGAGCUACGAGUCGGCGCAGAAACGGGUCGUCCUCGCCUGUUUGUACGUCGGCUGCGGUGAGUUGGAGGAGCGGCUCAUUCGCUCCAUAGUUACGGCGAAGCAGCGCAAUGACGACCUAACGGUGGAUGUUCUGGUAGAUAAGGCUCGCACAUCUCGUGUUGGAAGCUCGGGGAAGAUCGUCAGCCCCUUGACCCAGCUGCAGCCCUUUCUGGCUCCGGGCCACAAAACUAAGGUCGCUCUUCUCCACAACCCGUUGUUAGGUCGGCUCGCCAGCAAGGUCGUCAAGUCUCCGUUUUGCGAGGCGUUCGGGACCAUGCACAUAAAGGUUUUCAUUUCAGAUGACCAGUGCAUCAUCACGGGCGCGAAUGCGGGCCGCGAAUAUUUCUGUGACCGGUACGACCGCUACAUGGUCGUUCGCGACCCGUUGUUCGCCGACCUCAUGCAUACCAUCGUAAGGACCUUCCAGACGGCGAGCUUCGAACUCACCGAGAACCUCACCGUCGAGUGGCACUCGGACAUUGUCAACCCUAUCCAGGACAACAUGCUGUACAGGAAGCAGCUGUACAUCCGCACGGCCCACAUGGUGAGCAGGUGCCGAGAGAUAUUGGAGAAGAAUCGGUUCCACGGGCACAUGGAUGUAAACGUUGACGGGCAACAACACCCAGCGGGUUGCGAUGCAUCGGGUAAUGAGUAUAGUGACUGUACUGCACUUUCUGCAAAGAAUGCCAACCCAGAAGGGCGCUUCGACAGCACCGAGGUGGACUUGGGGCUGUCGGAACAGGAAUCGCAGGAUGAUUCUUCUUCGCCAAGCGCAACUUGGCGGAAGCGCCCAAGCAGCGAUAGCGGCUCUCAGGAGGGGAUAACAGAUUUAACGGGUCAACAAAAACGCGUUACUGGUCGUCUGGGAGGAGAGGACCGUGCAACAACAUCGCAAAACAUGGAUUUAGGCCCUGACGAGGCUGUCAGGACGAAAAUCCCGAGGAAAGGACGCUCAAUAGACGGUAAAAUGGGUUCAAGUUCGGACACAGUUUCUGACGGUAGACCUGAGCUGGGGUCAUCGCAUUCACACAGUGAAUCUGAUCAUUGCGGUCUAUCGUACAGUGUGCCGGACGAGGCCACAGAUCGCAGCAUCGGGCAGGAUGCAACAGGAAAAAAUGGGACCAAAGAAGACGAAUACUACUGCCACAUCAGAAUUUGCGUGCAACUUCCGUUCACGGACCCCCCCUUCAUGCAGGGGGCGACCAUGCUGGAGAACUGGCUCCUUCAGUACGCGAGAGCAGGCUACUCGGCGCUUAUCGCCACGGCCUACAUGAACUUCACUGACCGCUACAUGGAGAUGUUCAAAGAGAUUUUGGACAUCGGCAAGGCCAGCGGAAAAGGGCACCCGUUACAGGUGGUGACUUCCAGUCCCUACGCCAACUCGUUCUACCGCGACGGGUCGCUCAAGAGAAACAUAGCCCUGUUCUACAGCACGGCCGCAACGUGGCUUUUCAAAGCUCUCAAGGGCGAAGAAGGCUACCCCGAGGAUAUAUACUUGGAGUACAACAGGCCCAAACACACCUUCCACGCCAAGGGGAUAUGGGUGCUCAAGGACCGCAUUCCAGUGGACAUAGCCCACCGCUCCGAAGAGGAGUUUAACGCCGCCGUAGAGCCACCGUGCGCGACGGUGAUCGGCAGCUCCAACUACGGCAGGCGGUCGUACGGCAAGGAUCUGGAAAUCACCUUCCUCGUCGAGACCAACUCACCCCAAAUCAGGCGGUUCAUGAGACGUGAGCUCUAUCAGAUGAUAAAGUACUCCGAGUACGUCAACAUGGCCGGAGUUGCCUCACGCAUUGGGCCUCACCAGCACGUGAUUGCCCACGUUCUGAAGUCUUUCCUCUAA